CUCUCCUUUAUUCAUUCAUUUGGUAACACGUACACUUCCGGUAAAGAAUGGCACCGAUUCAUUCAAGUAUAAUAUCUCUUUCAACUGAAAAUCCUAAAGAAGAUUUUGUUCAGGCAGCUAAAAUAAUUUUGAAAUUUGCAGACAACAUACUGAGUAACCCAAAUGAAGAAAAAUAUCGCAAAAUAAGACUAGGAAAUCCAACUGUGGAAACCAAACUUUUACCGAUUGUCGGAGCUCUUGAAUGUAUUUUUGAAAUGGGAUUUCAGGAGGAUGGAGAAUAUCUCACAUUGCCAAGAACCUCUCCAAUCUCUCAGGUUAAGACCAUAAGAGACAGUCUACUUCAGGAAAUACAGAAGGUUUCACCUGUGUCUGUAAAUGGACCUCAAUCUGCAGGUGGGAGUGUGCAACCUACUAGAUCAAUUUCUCAACCAAGACCUUCAACUUCUUCUGCUAUACUUCCAAAUUAUCAGCAAUUAGAACGCCAGUUUUUCCAGAAGAUUGAGAGUAACUUGUCUCAUGUUUUGAAAUAUGAAAAUCAGGGUCUUCAGGCCAAAGCAAGACAUGUUAUACCAACACAGCAUUUAAUAGAGAAAGCCCAGAAAUCAUUUCAGGCUUUAGCACAGUCUGGUAAUGUAGGUGACAUUGGGAUACGAGAUUGUUUGAUCCUAGAACUUUUAGCAUGGUUUAAAAACUCUUUUUUUAAAUGGGUUGAUGCACCUCCAUGUGAUACUUGCGGUGGUAAACCAACGAGUGUUGGAAUGGCAACUCCAACUGCUGAUGAUACUAGAUGGGGAGCAGGUCGUGUUGAAAAUUACAAAUGUGAAAAAUGUCAGAAGUUUAUACGAUUUCCACGAUAUAAUAGUCCAGAGAAAUUGUUGGAAACCAGAUGUGGACGCUGUGGAGAAUGGGCGAAUUGUUUUACACUAUGUUGUAGGGCCAUGGGAUUUGAAGCUAGAUAUGUGCUGGACUGGACAGAUCAUGUAUGGACAGAAGUGUAUUCUCCUUCACAAAAACGCUGGUUACAUUGUGAUCCCUGUGAAAAUAUCUGUGAUAAGCCCCUUUUGUAUGAAUCUGGCUGGGGGAAGCAGUUAACUUAUGUUCUGGCUUUUUCUGCUGACGAAGUUCAAGAUGUCUCAUGGCGAUAUUCGUCUAAACAUUCUGAAUUAUUAACUAGGAGACGUGAGUGCAGAGAAACAUGGCUUGUUCAAGUCUUACAUAAGCUGUGGAAUGGCAAGUUAUCAAGUGUUACUGAUACUAGAAAACAAGAAAUGAUUGAUAGAUUAUUAACAGAGAUAGUGGAAUUCAUAACCCCUAAGUCAACCGAAGGUCAGAAUCUAUCAGGAAGGACAACUGGAUCAUUGGCAUGGCGACAAGCUAGAGGAGAAGUAGGUUCAACUUCUGCUGAAUCCAAACCUGAAUAUGUGUUCAAUCUGACAGAAGACGAGAAAAAAUCCAAAACAUUCCAUAUAAGAUAUAGUUGUGCCAAAGAUGAAUAUGUUCGAAUGAGUGAUUUGGAUGCAGAUAAAGUUGUAGGCUUUUCUUCAUGUCUGUUUAAAUGUGAGGAAAUGUUCAGAAAAGAGGAGCAAGAUUGGAAGAUGGUCUAUCUUGCUAGAAAAGAAGGGUCCUCAAAAUCCUCAUUGUCAUGGAAAUUUGAUUUCAAAGGUCUAAAGAUUAGCAAACUAGAAGUAAGAAUUAGUAGUGCAGUUUAUGAAGAUGGUGUGAUCUCUUGGCUUCUAUGUAGUGAUUCCACAUGUGCCAUGUUAAAAGGAAGUAAUGACUUUCAGACAGUACAUGACCUUGAAGGAGAAGAUGGUAUGACAAUCACAGCUGAUCUGAGUGGAGGGAAGGGAGAUAACUCAUGGCAACAUACCCAGUUAUUCAGACAGUCUAAUGCUGAUUUGGAAUUCUAUCCUUUUGAAGUGAAAGUACAUUUUGCAUAAAAGUUUUGUUUUGAAUAGUAUUAUUGUUUUUCAAAAGUUUUUUUUAUGUUGCAUGGGAGAUAUUGAAAAAAAUCAAAAGUUGUAGUUUUUUUCAAUUUUUCUUUAAAGAUAAAUUCACAGAUUUAAUUUUGAAUGGAAUUGAUUAUUUGAUAUUUAUGAAAGUAUUAUCAUGUGCAAUAAGAAGACAAAAUAUAAUAAGCUAACAUUCUGACAUCUUUCAUUUAUUACAAAGUGCUGCUUAAAUUUGUGAUCCUUCAGAUAAUCAUUGUUGUGCAAUGAUAUUGAAGUUUAGAAUGUUUAAUUUGUUUGUCUGUGAAUGGUUAUAUAUCAUAAAUGUAAAUAGAUAUUUAUAAAUAUGUCCAUUAUUUAUCUUAAUUUAUAUUUACAAAAUGUUUACUUUUACAAAUUUUUCUUAGUAUGAACGUGAUAUUUAUACUAAAGAAGUUGACAUUUUAUGAUAGAUGUUUAUAACCAUGUUUUUUUAAAGGAAAAAAAUACUUUGAUAUCAUGAAUAUUAUAUGUGUAAUACUGAUGCAUAUCUUCUGUAUAUGAAGUUCAAUGGUUUAAAAAUAAGGGUGAUAAUUGAUUUUAAGGCCAAGGGAAGAAACCUCGCAAUUUUUGUUUCGGAUAAAAUACUUAUUUUAAUUUGAUAAAAGUUAUGAUUGAACAUUAAUGUUACUAGGAUUUAAUUUUCAAAAUGUGGUCAUGCAUUUGAGUUUCAUUUAUUUUGGAGGGGGAAGGGGGGAGUUGGGCAGGAUCAGAUGAUUUGACUUGAGAAAAAUACAAAUACUAAUUUCAGAUGAGAUGAAUAUCAUAAUUUCUCACCCUCUUUAUUUAGAAGUUUUUUCCUUUUCUUUUUUUUCUUACCGGUAAGGAAACUGAAAAAGGAGCAUUGAAAGAACAAUUAUUGUGAUGAAAUUCUGGUCAACAUUUUUGUCGAGCCUGCAACUUUUGUUGCAGAAAGCUCGACAUAGGGAUAGUGAUCCGGCGGCUAUGGCAGCGGCUACGGUGGCGGCGGUGUUAGCUCACUUCUUAAAAGCUUUAUAUUUUAGAAGGUAGAAGACCUGGAUGCUUCAUACUUUGUAUAUAGAUGCCUCAUGUUACGAACUUUCUGUCAGUCACAUGUCCAAUGUCCUUGACCUCAUUUUCAUGGUUCAGUGACUACUUGAAAAAAAAGUUAAGAUUUUUUGUAAUGUUAAAUUCUCUCUUAUUAUAAGUAAUUGGAUAACUAUAUUUGGUAUGUGCUUACCUUGCAAGGUCCUCAUGUCUGUCAGACAGUUUUCACUUGACCUCAACCUCAUUUCAUGGAUCAGUGAACAAGGUUAAGUUUUCGUGGUCAAGUCCAUAUCUCAGAUACUGUAAGCAAUAGGUCUAGUAUAUUCGGUGUAUGGAAGGACUGUAAGGUGUACAUGUCCAACUGGCAGGUGUCAUCUGACCUUGACCUCAUUUUCAUGGUUCAGUGGUUAUAGUUAAGUUUUUGUGUUUUGGUCUGUUUUUCUUAUACUAUAUGCAAUAGGUCUACUAUAAUUGGUGUAUGGAAUGAUUGUAAGGUGUACAUGUCUAGCUGACAGGUGUCAUCUGACCUUGACCUCAUUUUCAUGGUUCAGUGGUUAUAGUUAAGUUUUUGUGUUUUGGUCUGUUUUUCUUAUACUAUAUGCCAUAGGUCUACUAUAAUUGGUGUAUGGAAUGAUUGUAAGGUGUACAUGUCUAGCUGACAGGUGUCAUUUGACCUUGACCUCAUUUUUAUGGUUCAGUGGUCAAAGUUAAGUUUUUUAGUUUUGGUCUAUUUUUCUAAUACUUUAUGCAUAAGGUCAACUAUAUUUUGUGUAUGGACAUAUUUUAUGAUCUUUAUGUCGGUUAUGCUGGGUUUAUUUGACUUUGGCCUCAUUUUCACGGUCCAUUGCUAAGUUUUAAGUGUUUGUGUGUUUUGGUCUGAUUUUCUUAAUUUACUAGUAUAAGCAAUAAGUCAACUAUAUUUGUUGUAUUGAAGAAUUGUUAGCUGUUCAUGUCUGCCUGGCAUGAUUCAUCUGACCUUGACCUCAUUUUCAUGGUUGAUUGAUCAAUGUUUCCUUUUCUUGGUUAAUGUUGAGUUAUGUGACAGUUGUAAUAAAGCUUUAUAUUAAGGUCUAUCAAGAUAGUAUCAAGGAUUAUUAAAGAAGGCGAGACAUUUCAGUGUGUGCACUCUUGUUACUUCUUUUUUACUUUUUUUCUAUUAUUGAGUUAGUCUUUCAAUAAACAAUGUGUAUGUAUGUAUGUGUGUUUACACAAAAAAGGCUCUGUAUGUGAUUUUCUGUAUAAAUACCUUUAUAAUUUAAUGUACAUUGGAAAGCGACCAUAGCUUCAUCUGAAAUUUAUUGAAAUUGAUGUGUGUGAAUGAUUGAAUUUGGAAAAUGAAUCCUCUGAUAGGAUUUAUAAGUUUGUAAAACAAAUUUACAUUUUAUACUGCUGAAUUACAAAGUUAAAAACACUUUAAAGAGCAUGCUAUCUUUCUUUUUUUUUCAUGGAAAACUUUAAAUUUACUUCUGGACAUCUCUUUUGUUUACCUCCUUAAAGAAUCUUAAAGAAAUGAAAUUGAAUAUAAAUUUGUGUAGCCUAUGUUUUUUCUAAUUUAUUAAAUAAUGAUCAUAUUAGUGUUAUUGAAAUACUAAAAAAAUCUGUUAUAUUGUCAAUGAUCAAAUUGGAUUUUUUUCUCUAUGUGACAACAUAAUAAACAGAAGAUCAUAGCUA